GUCACGUGGUGCGCUGCAAGUUUCCGUGUUUACAGAGCGCUGACUGAAGCUGACUGCUGUUUUGUUUCCGAGGGGGAUGUAAGCGCAAUCAUGGCCUUUCUAAAGACUCAAGAGCGAUCAAAAGAAAGGUUUUCCCUUCUCCUGCUGGAUCUGGAAGAGUAUUAUUUUGAACAGCACACUGUGUACCAUGUGACCUCCACAUCUCCCAAAGAAAGAAAAGUGAGAGGAUCAUUCAAGAUCUGCUCAAAAUCUGUAAUUUUUGACCCAGAUGAUUUUGAAACUCCAAUUUUAAAGAUUCCCCUUCGUGAUUGCAAAAGAAUAGAGUUUGUGCAAAAAGACAAUAAUCCGUUCAAUGAGCCUAAGCCAUCCGCAAUUUCCAUUUCAUGUGGACAAGCUAUUUACAUAAAAGAAAGCAAUGUCAUAGCGCCAUAUAGAAUAGAAAGGGCGACAAAACGAUUCACUUUUCAGUUGGAGGUUUGGACAAAAACGGAAGAUGUUGUUCAAACAUUAUUACAGCUCCACAGAGCGUCUUGUCUGGAUAAGCUCGGAGAUCAGACGGCCAUGAUUGAGGCCAAUCUGCAGUCCCGUCUGGCAAGGACCUCAUUUGACAAAAACUGUUUUCAGAGCGUUGCAGAGAAGCCUCAUAUGGAAUGUGCUGUGGAGAUGGUGACGCCCCUAGUGUCCAACCCUGGUCACGUCUGUAUCACUGACGAAAACCUGUACUUCCAGCCUCUCAAUAGUUAUCCAGAGCGAGUUAUUCAGAUUAAACUUCACAGUGUCAGAAGAAUCUAUAAAAGGAGACACGGACUUAGACCACUAGGUCUUGAAGUCUUUUGCACAGAGAAUGACUUCUGUUCAGAUAUUUACCUGAAGUUUUAUAACACAGCAGACAGGGAUGAAAUUUAUUACUACAUCGCCACUUUUCUUGAAAACCACAUGACGGAGCACACGGCGGAGAGCUAUAUGUUACAGUGGCAGCGUGGGCUGUUGAGUAACUACCAGUACCUCCUGCACCUGAACAACCUUGCAGACCGCUCCUGUAAUGACCUGUCGCAGUAUCCCGUGUUCCCCUGGGUGCUCUCCGACUACAGCAGCCCACAGCUCGAUUUGACAAACGCUGCCACUUUCAGAGACUUGAGUAAACCUGUAGGAGCUCUGAACACGGAGCGACUGGACAGACUCUUGGCUCGAUAUAGGGGAAUGCCUGAGCCCAGUUUUCUGUAUGGUAGUCAUUAUUCCUCUCCUGGAUACGUCCUGUUUUAUCUGGUGAGAGUCGCUCCAGAGCACAUGUUGUGUUUACAGAACGGCCGCUACGACCACGCAGAUCGCAUGUUUAACAGUGUUGGUGAAACAUGGAGAAACUGUUUAGAGGGGGCCACAGAUUUUAAAGAGCUUAUACCAGAGUUUUAUGGAACUGACUUCACUUUUUUGGAAAAUCGACUGGGUUUGGACUUGGGGAGACGACAAAAUGGGAGUUAUGUUGGAGAUGUUGUUCUUCCUCUGUGGGCUUCAGAUGCCAAUGAUUUCCUUCAGAAGCACAGGACUGCACUGGAGAGUCAGUACGUGUCAGAGCACCUUCACGAGUGGAUCGACUUAAUAUUUGGUUAUAAACAGAGAGGCAGUGAAGCAAUAGCAGCUCACAAUGUCUUUCAUCCACUGACAUAUGAGGGAGGCAUAGACUGUGACAGCAUUGAGGAUCCAGACCAGAGGAUAGCGAUGUUAACUCAGAUUCUGGAGUUCGGACAGACGCCCACCCAACUGUUCACGAGCCCCCACCCUCAGAGAAUCACCCCCCGAUUUCACACCAUCACACGCAGCCCCAGCAGCAGCUCCCCCGGCAGUGAACUGUCUCCAGCCUCUCCCAGCGCUGACUCCUCGUUUGAAGAUUUGACGGAGGAGAGCAGGAAGCUGGCCUGGGCGAAUAUGGGAAAUCUGAAACUCGCGUCUAGCCACAAAAUCCAUAAAGAGGCUGUCACUGGUAUCACUGUUACACGAGAUGGAUCUGCUAUUUUCUCAACAUCUCAAGACUCGACCUUAAAAAUGUUUUCUAAAGAGCUGAAGGAUUUCCAGAGAAGCAUGUCUUUCUCAAACAUGGCGUUAUCCUCCUGUUUGAUGCUCGCUGAUGGAAAAACUGUGGUGUGCUCUUCGUGGGACAACAAUGUAUAUUUCUACUCCGUUCCGUUCGGCAGGCGUCAGGACACGCUCAUGGGUCACGAUGAUGCGGUCAGUGCGAUUUGCUGGUUUGAUAAUCGACUGUACACGGCUUCAUGGGACUCCACUGUUAAGGUGUGGCACUGUGCUUCUGAAAACGCCCAUAAGAGAUCUCAGUUUGAACUCUUGGCUGAACUAGAACAUGAUGCUGGGGUGAACAGUAUAAACCUGAGUGCUGCUGGGACUCUGCUGGUCUCUGGUUGUAAAGACGGGACGGUCUCCAUCUGGGACACUCAGAGCCACGAGGUGCUGCAGCAGGUGCCCUGUCACAGCGGCACCAUCCACCACAUGGCCUUCAGCCCAGACAGUAGACAUGUCCUGAGUGUGGGAGAGGACUGCUAUAUGAAGGUCAUAGAUGUGCAGACUGGAAUGGUAAUGUCUUCAGUGAAAGCAGAAGAGGAGCAGAGGUGUUUCUGUUGGGACGGGAGCUCGGUGCUGUGCGGGGGUCAGUCUGGAGACCUCCUUCUGUGGGACCUCCUGAGCAGCACAGUGACCAAGAGGAUCCCUGCUCACUCAGGUCCUGUUACAUCGAUGUGGAUGAAUGAGCUCUACACCACUGUGAUCACGGGAGGAGACGACAAACAGAUCAUGUUCUGGAGGCUUUACAGUUGAAUCAACCUCUCUAUGGAAAAAUACUUUGUUACAAUACAAGAGACCCUGGUACCAGCCGGUCUGUCCUAGAGGCCUCAGGUUACGUUUGGCUGGUUGGACGUACUGUAUCAUGACGCGGAUGUAAAAUAAGUCUGAAAUGGUCCCACUAUUGCUGUGUACAGGGCUUGAUAUUAACCACAUUCAUGGAUUUCAGGCAAAUCCUUCUUAAAGGAGUUUGUGAGGAUUUUUUUCUCAUUCAAAUUAUUUUAUAUUUUAGUUUUACUAUCUUAAUUACUAUAACAAUUGCAACUGUUGGCAUAGCUUCAAACCUGUGACUCCAAAGCCAAAUACUAGAUUUUCAUUUUGGCUACAGUUUUACUUUGGCUAGCUAUUUUUCCAAUAAUAAUCACUGAUAUCCAAUGAAUCAUCUUAUUACAAGUCAUAUGGUUAUAUAAGAUAUUUGAGACGAAUUAUUUGUGAAAUAAUUUAAUAAAAUUUUUAUUAAACAAUAUAUUUGGCUGCUAACACAAUUCACUUGCACUAGCUGUUUAUUCGCUCAAAUUGUGGAUGUUUAAAGCAUUAGUUAUUUCUGUUUUAGUUGAAGCUAGUCCCUCCUAACAACAGGAGUUCAUUUGUUUCCCUGUUGCUAUGGUGAUGCCCACAGCGUAGUGAUAUAGAACAGUGAUUAAGUUGCCGGAACUACCUGUGUGGUUAGUCAAAAAUAGUGCGCGGCAAUAUUAUAAUUUUCACAGACCAUGGUAUAACCUGUGGACCAGAAUGUACUUUAUUUUAGUUUAAUAGACCUGAAAUAAAUUGAAAAUAACUUUAUAGUAUACAUGUUAUACGCCACAACUUUUAAGACGGCGCUUGCUAUUGUAAUUAUGCUGGUAACUUCAGAAAAAGAUAGUUGUCAAUUAUGUUAAUAUCAAGCCCUGACUGCAUAGGUGCAGGACAUCAUGAAGGACUUUUUGUCUACUUUAAAAUGGCCUAUUCAUUUUGCCUUGUUAUACGUCCUAUAUAAAUUGUGAGAACUUCAUAUAUAUUUUUUAAUUUACCCGUUUGCUGCUUUUUAAUGUUAUAAUUUGUGUGUCUAUGUAUUAUGUGUAACUGUGUAUUGUGCUUUUAAAGUCUUUUAAAUACUCAGGUGUGAUUCAGGAAUUACAGUGACCUGAAAACAUAUCCCUCGUGUUUUUCUUUUUUGUAUUGACAGUCUUCCAGUGUCAUUUCUAUAGGAUUAUACUAUAUAUGUAUAUUGUUUGUAUAUAUAAAACACUUAAACUAUU